AUGUCUGUGUCAACCUCUCUGUCUCCUUUGGAACUCCUCCCCAAUGAGCUCCUAGACCAGAUUAUCGCCUACUUGACUUCGGAGCCACCGUCAUUUGGACAACUACAUCACACGCCCAGUCUGGAACUCACACAGUCUCCAAUAAAGGACCUUAAGCAUCUUGGACUAUGCUCACGGUGCCUAUUUCAACUUGUACGACCUCAGCUGUUCACUCAUGUCCGGCUUAACCUCCAUGAUGAACCCGACUUCCAUUCUUUUAUGACCAAGUCAGGUCUUGGUCAAUAUGUGACAUCUCUCGUCGCAAUCGCAGAUGAAGCCCCAGAUCGUCAGGUCAACCCGUUAUGGUGGCGCCAAGUCCUCCGCUAUCUAGAUCCCCGCCGUGUUCUAGUAAUCGGGCCGCCGGUCUUCAUUGGCAACACUCUAGAUAGCCCGAUAAACGAUGGACACCAUUGGGCAUUUGAUAUGCCCCUACAGAUAUUGCUUUUGGAACGAGAGUGCAAACCUCGUGACCCAUCCCAACUGCCCGACUUGGAGAAUUAUACUAGUCUCCUAGCAUCACGACCAUGGACAUCGAUGACUUUUAACGAGUCGUCUUCUCUGAAAGCGUACAACCACUACGAGUACUUUCUUUCCUGUGUCCCAUCGGUUCUUGUAGAAUGGGGUACACGUGGGAUACCUGGAACAAGCCGUGAACUUGAACGACCAAUCAGUUUGCCAGCUCUAUUACGCCGCCUCACAUACUUUUCCUACACGGCUGUGUUUCCAUUUUACAAUCACUCGCAAAUUGUAAUGGAUUCUAUCGUGAGAAUGCAUCGCCUGCAACGCCUUGAUGUACAGCUAGCACCCCCUCGAGAUAAUCAUAUCACCGAGCUUGAACAACGAGGGUCUAUGGAUCCUAACGAUCCGUGGAUGGAACUUACAACCUCGUACUCUCUGAUUGGGUAUACUGUGAAUCUUCUGCCCUGUUUACAAGAGUUCAGGUGCGGCGACCUGCAUGUGGAGGCCAUGCGGCAGGAUCUGCUAGCCGUUUUGGACGAUGCCAUCGGGGACAAGGGCUGGGUGCAUGAUGGGCGUGGAGUGUGGAGGCGAGCUUGA